AUGAGUGACAAUAGAAUAAGUGGCCAAAUUCCAUACUCCUUGGGUAAUCUGUCUUUACUCAACAGCUUGGAUAUCUCCUCCAAUGACAUUAGUGGGACUCUUCCUAGCUCUUUUGCUGGACUAUCUUCACUCGGCAGGCUCUUUGCCUGUGGCAAUAGAUUCAAUGAAAGCAUUCCUUGUUCAGCUUUGCCGCCUGCUCUGAGUUCUCUGAGUCUCUCAAUGGACAAUCACCAGAUAGUAUCAGAAGUUUUGUUUAACAACCAGAAUAUGUUAUCAUAUUUGGAAUUGUCCAACUGUGUGCUAAAUAUAAGCACAACUUGGGUUCCUCCUUUCCAGUUAGCACAGUUAUCUUUAACUUCAUGUAACAUUGAUGGUCAAAUACCAACAUGGAUUGCAACUCAAUUUUCCCUUACAGAUUUGGUAUUGGCAGACAACAAUCUUGUGGGAGAAAUUCCCUCUUGGCUAUGGAAGAUCAGCCCUUCUUUGCGAUCUGUAAACCUCACAGGAAACUAUUUGCAAGGCCACAUUUUUGCAGAUUCUUCGACGUGGACACAAGGACUGCUCUUGGAUGUUUCUAGGAAUGAAUUGAGUGCACACAUUUCAUCAAUCUGGUGGCGGCUUCCUAAUGUAUCAGUACUGCUGCUCAACAAUAACUUGCUAUUUGGCGAUAUUUCUUCAAGCAUUGAGGCCCUGUCUCAAAUACAGCUAUUGAAUCUAGCCAACAACAAGUUGAAGGGAAUUAUCCCUCCAAGCUUGGGCAAUUGUUCAUGGCUUGAGGUGUUGGAUCUGGGAAACAAUAGUUUACAUGGAAGUGUGCCAGAUGAGUUUGGUAAGCUCAUUGCUCUAUACUCACUAGUCAUUACGCAGAAUCUAUUAACUGGACAAUUCCCUCAUUCAAUAACAAAAUGUCAUGGAUUGCAAUUCCUUGAUAUUGGGCACAACUUGUUUGAAGGCAAUAUUCCAAAGUCCAUUGGAAAUCUUUCACAGCUUAGAGUUUUGGUGAUAAAACAAAAUUCUUUCAGAGGUAGCAUUCCUUCUGAAAUUAGUAGGAGUAUCUGCAGAUAUUGGACUUCUCAUCCAAUCAUCUAUCAGGGAUCGUUCCGCCAAGCAUUUUGGGCUUGCAAGCCAUAA